AUGACCGAUCCCUCGACACCGACCCAAUAUACUUCAUUGGCUGCCUUCAGAGAUGAAGGCCUUGGCGGCUUUUUAACGGACUGCACAGUGUACGUCUUGUUUUCGGUAUUCUUAUGCUGCGCUAAUCGCCCCGGUUCUAAAGAUUGGGGGGCAUGCCAACAUCGCGGUGAUGCUUCUCACACCCAUUCCUGGAAGGAACUCUUCCACUGCUAUUGUAGUGGGUUGGACUACGGAUUGCUUUUCGCUAGUUGGCUCGGUUAUGCCAUAGGGUAUUGGAUUGAUUGGUCCUACGUGAAGGCCAUCGUGAAUGAGGCAUGGAAAAUGUUACGUGGUUGCUGGUGA